UUUCCUGGAAACUUCCCCGCAUCCUCUCUGAUGCUACGCUAACAGAUGAUCACAGUACAUCACUGCAAUUAAUGAACAUUCAAGUGUGACAAUGAUGGACGAGACUACAGAACUGUCUGUCACUAUCGCUCACAUAGUACAGCGGCUCAAAUGGACUCAUUUACACUCUCAGCUGGAGAAACAGGCCAAGGUUGGGAGAGAAAAUUACAAAAUGCAGUUUACAGGGAAUUGCACAUUCUGCCUCCUCCUGGGCAUCCCAGAGCACCUCCAGAACACACCAAAGAGCCGCUGGCAUAUAUGCGCAAAGCCCAGGCGAGCUGGGAGAACAGGACCUUGAAGAGCUUGAACAGUAUGUGUACAGAGUUGGGAAUCCCACUGGCCAGAAAUGUAAAAGUCUAAACCAAACAGAAAGAGCUGACAAAUAAAUGGAAUGAGAUGGGAACCGAUGAACCAGACCUAAGCAAAUUCAGGCCUGUGUAUGCACCCAAAGACUUCCUUGAGGUGUUGAUUGGUUUAAGGAACCCUUAUAAUGAGCGUAGUGAAGGACUCACAGUCAGAUGGAACUGGGGAUUAAUCCAAGUUUCCCUCAAUGUCUGUGACAUUCCAUAAAUGAAAGAGACGUAUCCAGAACUGGGUCUUUCUUAUGGGCAAAUUGGUAUUGAUGAUCACACACAUGUUCCUCCAGAUUUGUUUGAGAGCGAGCACAUUCACAUUGGAAAAAAAAGCAGGACGGCACAGCAGUACAGUAGACGAGGCUGCCCCACAGGUCACAGAGCCCAGUUAUGGACUCUCAUCCUGAACUCCACGGACGAUCCUGAGGAAAUAACACAUUACGGACAGCUGAAGGCUAGAGUGAUUCACUAUGCCCUAUUGGUGGAAAACCUAAUAUAUAAGGAUGUGAAUCUCACUGCAAGUAAUGAUGAUUAUUACUUUGUAUUUGAGGACUAUUUAUAUCAAGUCUUGCUAUGUUUCUCUCGAGACACUGCAGUCCUGGAGCAUUUCAACUACAACUGUGCUACGCCAACUAAAUCUUGCAUCCAAAGCAAAUCUGGUUCAGAGCAGUUUGCUGUGGUUUACCCCCCAAAUGGUGUCAAUCCAUUCCAUGGCUUCUCAAUGUAUGUGCCCCCUAAGUGUUUCUAAUAUAAUGAGCUGUCCAAGUUGUACAGCGUGUUCAGGGAGAUUCUUCACUUCUUUAGAAUGCACUCACAUCCGUCUGUAAGUACAUUUGUUUGUGGUAUAGUGUCACUGUGUUUGCAGUUUGAGAGGUUACUGCAGACCCACCUUCUUCAGCUUUUCUACCAUCUACGGGAGAUAGGAGCCCAUAGAUUGUGUAUUGCCUUUAAGUGGAUCGCCCGAGCCUUCUCUGGAUACCUGUCCACCAAUCGGCUCUUGUUGUUAUGGGACCGUAUCCUUGGAUAUGGUUCCUUAGAGGUAGUGGCAGUCCUGGCUGCUGCAGUUUUUGCCUUCCGAGCCGAAAACCUAAUGGAAGUUCCAUCAUUGGCAUCGGCCGAGGCUGUUCUUGCUGAUCUCUCAACCUUGAAGGUAAUGCCCCUGUUGCAGAUCUUCCUCUUUGCCAUUGCUGUCUGAGGAGACUGCCUUUUAUGUUUGUGUGUUGUGGCUGGAUGCCCCAGUCCAGCCAGAUUGCUGCUUAAAGACCCCUUUAAAUUAAUAAAAAAGGACUUUUGUACCUUUUUAGUCCAUGUCUGUUAACUUUGAGGCCAUCUCUAUUCUAGUAUACUGCUAAAAGUUGACAAAAUCGAAAUUUUAAAACUACAAUGUUGCUCUUCUCUCAUGUUGCUCUCAGGGGCAUAUACUGUACACAUUUUUGCCCAACAAAAUGCUUUCUACAAUUAGAAUUUCAUCUUCCCCUAAAUUGUAAAUACCACCUGAAACUAGCUAGCAAUAGCAAAUCAUGGUUCAGUCAUGGCUGUGAUGUACACCAAUGUCUGUUGGCUUUAAAAAACAAAAAAAUAAAUAGGGAUGACCCCUUCCGCCCAGACUUUUUUAAUAGGAAAUACUUCAACACAGGAAAGAAAACUGCACUUGUUAUGCCAUUUUUAUGGGGUCUUAAAGGGAUAUUUCACCCAAAAAUGAAAAUUCUUUCAUCAUUUACUCACCCUCGUGCCAUCACAGAUGUGUAUAACUGUCUUCUCCAAAAAAACAUUCUUUUAGAAGAAUAUCUCAGCUCUGUAGGUCCAUACAGUGCAAGUGAAUGGUAGUUAGAACUUUGAAGGUCCAAAAAGCAUAUAAAGGCAGCAUAAAUGUAGCAUUGUAUAUUUCACUUUCCUAAAAUAAAGUAGUGAUCCUAACUGACCUUAGACAGGGAAUGUUUUCUAUGAUUCAGUGUCAGGAAUUAUGAAAAACUGAGUUUAAAUGUAUUUGGCUAAGGUGUUUGUAAACUUCUGACUUCAACUGUAUUUAUAGAUUUGAAUGGUAUCUGCACUAGUUGAAAAUAUGUUGUAUAAUGACAUUUGUAGUUGCAGUGUAAGUUUUUCAAGAUUCACAGAUGAGACUGUGCAAGGAUUUUGGGGACAGUUGUAGGCUUGAAUUGAAUGAUAGAGAGGACAUCUACUGAAUGUCAGAAGAUUGAAUCCAUAACUGUCACAAGUGGGGAGGGCUGUUAAAGUAUA